ACCAAAAUGAAGACUGCCACCAAUAUCUAUAUUUUCAACCUUGCCCUGGCAGAUGCCCUAGCAACAAGCACUCUGCCAUUUCAGAGUGUGAAUUAUUUGAUGGGAACAUGGCCUUUUGGUACAAUUCUUUGUAAGAUCGUUAUAUCUAUAGACUACUACAAUAUGUUCACAAGUAUCUUUACACUUUGCACCAUGAGUGUGGAUCGCUACAUAGCUGUUUGCCACCCAGUCAAGGCUCUUGAUUUUCGCACUCCCAGAAAUGCCAAAAUUGUCAAUGUGUGCAACUGGAUUGUUUCUUCUGCCAUAGGCUUACCGGUUAUGUUCAUGGCUACUACUAAAUACAGGCAAGGCUCCAUUGACUGCACGCUUACGUUCUCUCAUCCAUCUUGGUACUGGGAGAACCUGCUGAAAAUCUGUGUUUUCAUCUUUGCCUUCAUCAUGCCAGUCCUGAUCAUUACAGUGUGCUACGGCCUGAUGAUUUUACGCCUGAAGAGUGUCCGUAUGCUAUCUGGCUCCAAAGAAAAGGACAGGAACCUGAGGAGAAUCACAAGAAUGGUCCUUGUAGUGGUGGCGGUGUUCAUAGUCUGCUGGACUCCCAUCCAUAUUUAUGUCAUCAUUAAAGCCUUGAUCAAUAUUCCAGAAACUACUUUUCAAACUGUCUCCUGGCACUUUUGUAUUGCUUUAGGGUAUACAAAUAGCUGCCUUAAUCCAGUCCUUUAUGCAUUUCUAGAUGAGAACUUCAAAAGAUGUUUCAGAGAGUUCUGCAUUCCCACUUCCUCAACAAUUGAGCAACAAAACUCCACCAGAAUCCGACAAAAUACUCGUGAACAUGCCUCCACUGCCAAUACUGUGGAUAGGACUAACCACCAGUUGGAACUUCUGGAAGCUGAAACUACACCACAGCCGUGA